AGAUCGUGUCAAAAAGAAUUUUCCUUUGUCGUCAUCGCCGAAAUUCUAGUUGGAAUAAAUCUGUUCGUGUUUUUUGCAGUCUGGUUGCCGUUUGGGGGUGAAAUGUAUCUUUAACUAGAGAAUUCUCAGUCAAAAAGGUGUUACCGACGAAGGGCAAAUACUGUUAUCGGAAUUGUGUCUUAGGUGUUAUGUGUGACGUCUAGUAUUUUGUUUUCAAUCGUGAGAUAGGUGUUCUCUUUUCAAUCAUGGUUCAAUUAGAUUAAAUGAGCCAAAAGUGUAAAAUAUGUUGCUCUCCAAAUCUACUGUGUAUCACACACCCUAUUCAAUUUGCCGGAUUAAUCCCGCGGGUGUCGAAAGGUCAGCAAAUGUCGUGUGCUCGAGUUUAAUGUGUCCAGACAGACUGUCGCCAUGGCGGAGGCGCUAGAAGGAAGCAAAAAAUCGAAGUGAAUCUCGUUUCCCCUUGCAAGAAGACGCGAUCAAUAGCAUUCUACUGAAGCCUCGGUUGUGAGGAUUGAUAGCAGAAAUGAGCUCUCCCCGCAAGGAAACCGCAGAAUAUGCGUCUGCCAGCAGCGUUGUUGGUGAAAAUGCUGAGACUGAGGAAGAGCUGGAAGGCGCAGUGGGAAGUUGUACGGAUGAAACCACACCCGAACAAGAAAUUCCUUCCAAAGAGCCCGACGAAGAAGAUGAGCCACCCGAUUUGCAUUAUCAGGAUAAUUUUCCUCCGACGCCAUACGAGGAAUGUUUGGAUCUGAAAAUAUUCGAAGCACUGGCAAAACAAGAACAGGACGUAAUAAGCCAACCGACAGAGGGAAAACAAGAGUCAACUAGUAUUAAUUUUAUAGAUGGCGAUCCAUCACCUGCUCAUGACCCGAAUUCAAGCAGUCGAAUCUCGCCAAACUGUUGCCCUGCUACUACACCUACAUCGACCGGCGGGCAUCAGGGUGACUCCUGUGGAUCGUCCAGUUCAUCAGCCCCUUGUUCGGGGGUUCGGCGGAAAGCAAAAAUCACCCCGACCUCACAGGAGGAACCGACUUCGAAUGGUGCCAAGAAAAAAGUCCGUUCGAAUGGAUCUCUCAAAUCAUCACCCUCGCAGGAUUAUCUCCACGUGUGGAACCCUGCUCCACGUGACGAACAAAUUGUGGAGAAUCCAUCCGAAGAGGUGGUACCGAUCAAUCAAAUUCAUCGGCCACUGGAACGUUCGUGGCCACCCAAACAUUACCACAAACAGCGUAAUCAAUUGUUGAAGCAAGGGUCGGAAGAGUUUUCCUUCGACAUCGUUGAUACCGAUGAGCAGUCCUAUGGGACGGGGCCGGAGAGUGGAGGUUUGGGGGUCGAUUUUACGCCGGGAGAGUUUUUUGACCAAACUCCAAAACAGGUCCGCCAUGAGAAAGUUACGCGUGUUAUUAAACAAGCGCUGGAGGAUAUAACGGAAAGUGCCCCAUUGGCUACGCCAGAAACCGAUGGAAGUUUAUCGGACAAUACUCCACUCCGGUUGGGAAGGGGCCACUUAUAUUGUGCCAACGCUGAUGUUGCUAGCGAAGUAGCCGCAGUUUCCAGCAGUGAUGUUGCCAAGCUUCCGCUUAGAAAAACGGUUCGAACGGAGUUCAGUUUUCCGGAGAGAGACUCCCAGCCCACUUGUUCCAAUGAACCAUUGUUGGCGGAAGGUGGUAGUGAAACACGUACCGUUAAGCCACACCGACCUCUGGCCAGAACGCUGUCCAAUGGGAAGAAUAAACACCCACCUAAUGGUCCGAUCGGCACGGGAGAUUUCCUGGUUGGGGACCCUGCGAAAGCUUGUCACAUAAUUUUCCCCAUACAAAAUCUAUCGCCACGAACACGAAGUCCACCCUCUGGAUCAUCGACCCGAUCGGGUUCGCCACUGGAAAAUUCACCCGAGAGAUGCUCGCCAGUCAUUAUGCACCCCAAACCGGUAAGACCACAGCCACGUCCGCUCACAAGGGUUGGGUGUGGCAGAAACAAUGACCCAAUCUGUCCCCCGACACCAACACAUCACGCUCGCAGGUUACGGGUGCUGUCGGAUAGUUUUGGCCCUCCAGAUCUCUAUACAAGAAAUGCUUUUUCGCCUGAAACGGUGGUACAGCCUGACAUGAGGUACAAUGACCUAGUGGCAAUAACUGGGAACCGAGUGGAUCAGCUUCGAGUAGCAGAAGGCCAUGACGAUGAGCCCGACACGGAUUCACCGGUUCGGCAUCUGACCAGUACAAGACUUCCUUCCAUACCGGAAAGGGCUCGCGGGGCGUUGGCUGAACCUGAAGAACCACUUCCCCCAGCUUGGGAGGCAAGAAUGGAUAGUCAUGGUAGAAUUUUCUACAUCGAUCAUGCCACACGGACAACAUCCUGGCAGCGUCCGGGAGCACACUCCGGUGUGUUAGGCCCUGAGCAACACAGACAACAACUGGACCGUCGUUAUCAAUCGAUAAGGAGAACAAUAUACGACCGACGUGACGGAGGUAGCCGCAGUCCUCCCCGGUUCGGCUAUGACUCAAUAAAUCCGCGCCAAGGAACAUCUGCCAUAACGGUUGCCGUUAAUGCUGCCCAGAUCGAGAAUCUCCAGCACGAUCGGGCUGCCCAUCCGGUGCUGGCCAUGAUCUGUCGACCUGAUUUCUACUCAAUGCUGCACACCAAUACCGAUGCCAUAUUAAUCUAUAAUCGCAACACUGCACUGAAACACAUGGUUUCUCGCAUACGGCGAGAUCCGACAUGCUUUGGACGGUACCAACACAACCGGGAUCUGGUUGGGCUGGUAAAUUGUUUCGCUUCGCCCGACAAAGGCCUACCAUCGGGGUGGGAAUCAAAGCUAGACCAAAGUGGCAAACAGUUUUUCAUCGAUCAUGUCAAUCGACGAACUUCCUUCAUGGACCCUCGCGUUCCCACGGACUGCCCCCGGUCUCGUCAUAGGCCCGAUCAGUUGAUAACUACGACUAUUGUUCCGGUAGACACCGCACCGAUUCCGCCCCCUAGACCGCCGGCUUUGCCGCGAUUGAGUGUUGGAUCGCCGGAGAUUCCCGUGGCUUACAAUGAUAAGGUGGUAGCCUUUCUUCGCCAACCAAACAUACUCGAGAUCCUUCGCGAGCGUCACGGUGCAGCAGCUUGCUCUCGGAAUUUGCGGGAGAAAAUAAACUCCAUCCGAGUGGAGGGAACGGCCGCUCUGGAUCGACUGAGCCAUGAUCUGCAAUUGACGAUCCUACUCAGCCUUUUCGAGAAUGAGAUCAUGAGCUAUAUUCCGGUGGAAGCUCGCAGCCCGCAAGGUUCACCAAAUCUCAACAAUUCAAGGGUACCGCAGCGUGCGCCUCCUCCAUUCCGCCGGGAUUUCGAGGCGAAACUGCGCACAUUCUAUCGUAAGCUAGAGUCCAAAGGAUUCGGCCAGGGGCCGCAUAAACUGAAACUUCACAUUCGCAGGUCACACCUGCUUGAGGAUGCAUUCCGGCGGAUCAUGUCCGCCAACAAGAAAGAUCUGCAAAGGGGACGCUUGGCCGUUCUGUGGGACACCGAGGAAGGGCUCGAUUAUGGCGGCCCAUCCAGAGAAUUUUUCUUCCUCCUGUCCCGUGAGUUGUUCAACCCAUAUUACGGGCUGUUUGAGUAUUCAGCCAACGAUACCUACACGGUCCAGGUAUCACCGCUAUCAGCAUUUGUGGACAAUAGUCACGAUUGGUUCCGCUUCAGUGGUCGCGUCCUUGGUCUGGCGCUGGUUCAUCAGUACUUACUGGAUGCUUUCUUCACCCGUCCAUUCUACAAAGCACUGCUGCGAUUGCCAGUGGCUCUCAGUGAUCUCGAAUCGUUGGAUAAUGAAUUCCACCAAUCGCUCCAAUGGAUCCGGGAUAACGACAUAGGUUCCGGCGUAUCGCUGGGCCUUACGUUCUGCGUCACGGAGGAACUCUUGGGUAGAGUGGUCGAGCGAGAGCUUAAGCCCGGCGGGAAAAACAUUCCCGUAACGGAGAAGAACAAGCGUGAGUACUUAGAGCGGAUGGUGAAGUGGCGACUGGAACGAGGAGUUCAGGAGCAGACUGAAUCGCUGGUGCGUGGCUUCUAUGAAGUCGUUGAUCCCCGACUGGUGUCAGUGUUCGACGCGCGGGAGUUGGAGCUAGUGAUCGCUGGAACGGCGGAAAUUGAUCUCAACGAUUGGCGGGUAAAUACUGAGUAUCGUAGCGGAUAUCACGAUGGCCACCAAGUCAUCGUGUGGUUCUGGCACGUGAUUGAAAAGUUCUCCAACGAGCAGCGGUUGCGGCUGCUGCAGUUCGUGACGGGGACGUCCAGCAUACCGUACGAAGGUUUUGCCGCUCUGCGAGGAUCCACUGGACCGCGGCGCUUUUGCAUUGAAAAGUGGGGCAAACCGAAUGCGCUGCCCCGGGCCCACACUUGCUUCAAUCGCCUCGACUUGCCGCCAUAUCCGACGCCGGAUAUACUGUACGAGAAACUGCUGCUUGCCGUCGAAGAAACCAACACAUUCGGAAUUGAGUAGCUAGCUGGAAACGGUGACCUCUGGCUCAGCCGGAGCGAUGUGUUCUUUUACUAUUUGUUGCUGUUUCUGUUUUAUAGCGUGUUCAUCUUCUACUUCUUUAAGAUUCUGAUUGUGCAACUGUUAUGAGACUGGCGGCGAGGCGAGCAAUCGCGCGCGGAACUAGGACAGGAAGGCAGAAAUUUUCGGUGUUUAAUUUUGUGGGAAAAUUGAAACGAUGAAAGCGAAAGUGUUAUACCGCCCCACGCAUUGCGCCGCUGCAGCUUUCGACUGCGAUAGAGCAGCAGCGCGCUGUGUGAGAAUUGACGCGAAGUGAUGGAUUGCAUUUAAUACUACGCUGCGAAUCUACGUUUCAUUGAAUAUAGACAAAAUACGUUCGUCGAUAACAGAAAGGUUAUUGGUGCGAAACAAGCCGGCAGCGUUGAUGUUUGUGUGUUUUAGCAGAGGGUGGAGGAGCAAGUUCGAUGGGGGAGAGAAUCCGACGAUGUAUUGCUUUGAGAAAAUGAUAUAAUGAUAUGCGGCAAUUGACCGUGUGUGCAUCGUUUGAAAUCGCUUUUUCGACGGAUAUCAACUGGAAACACGAUGCAUGUUGAUUGGAUAGCAAACAGUGGCGUUAUUUUGUCAGGAAAAUCACAGUAUUAUUCCAAUAGUGAUCUUCAAUGUUGUGAGCGAAACACGAUAACAGAAGUUCAGCCUUUGAAGGAUAAGUUUCGAAUGAAAGGCAGACUUUUUGAUUUCUUCUUCUUCUUUUUGGCUUUAAGAGGGUUUAAACUUUUCAGUUCAUUCGCCUCUAACUUUUUGAUUUUGUUUUUCAUUCCACUCUUGUAUCUGAAAUUCGUGUGACUCAUUAAUGGAAGCAACUGCUAUUGUUGAAAGUCAUUUGUUGAUUACAAAAAGAUGGAUACGAACUUUAUCAGCAAAUUGUGGUUCACCAGUAUGAAUUGAUUCAGAAUUCCCCAGUCCCCAUUUUGACGUGGGACUACGUCUAACCGGAAUAUAUGGAGGGUAAAAUGAAAACCUAAACACAGAACAUGCAGGAAAAAAUGAAAGAUUUCGAAUGCUUAUAGCUCGAACAUUUCGUACUGGAUAGGUGAGAUGUUUGCAUCACUUGAUAGGGAAUAUUUCUACGCAUCUAUCGCAACUAACAAAAUGUUGUUUUUCAUUAGAUAAACAAUUGAAUAACUGUAAAAUAUUAGGCGUUAUCUAAACGCCCUAACUGCAUCGUUUUGAUAGGCCCGAUUUACAGCCAUCAAAACCAAGCAGCCUUGGGGAAAUCGGCAUUGUAAAUACAUGAAAGUAGGGGGACUUUUGUUCUCAUCGAAAAAUGUUCCCUAACACAGACUUUAAAACCAAGCAGCGAAAUCGGCAUUGCAAGCACACGAAAGAGCCUAGAGGCGAGUGAACUGAAAAGUUUAAACCCUCUUAAAGCCAAAAAGAAGAAAAAGAACACACGAAAGUAGGGGGAGCUUUUGUUCCCACCGAAAUGUGUUCCCUUAUAGAGAUUUCUAAACCAAGGUGCCUGGAGAAAUCGGUAUUUCAAAUUCAUGCAAGUCGGGGGUAUUUUUGUUCCGACUGGAAUGUGUUUCCCUAACACAGACUUCAAAUCCAUGAAGCGUGGGGAAAUCGGCAUUGCGAAUUCAUACAAAUCGGGGGUAUUUUUGUUCCGAUUGAAAUGUGUUUCCCUAACACAGACUUCAAAACCGUGGUUUCUGGGAAAAUCGGCUCUGCAAAUAAAUGCAAACUGCGAGUACUUUUGUCCUCGCUUGCCUUUGUGCAGAGUGGAAUAUGUCUGUCCUAACAUGAUCUUCUAAACUUAGGAACCUGGGAAAAUCGUGCAGCCACUAGAAGCGAAUGAACUUCCCAGUUUCAAGCAAAUUCGAGAUUCGAGAAGUAUGUACACUUUUGGGAUGUAAACUUCAGAGGGAAAUGUAAAAUAAAAUAAUCGUUUGAUAUUUUUGUUGUUGUCUUUAUUGGAAAGAUUUUCAGCCUUAGGCUGGUUCAUCAAACGUUUGAUAAUUCUUCCGUACAUAUAUUUUGUUCUAGUCAUCAUACCAAACGUAAAAGGUCCGUCAUUAAAUUUACUUGUAACGAAGAACAAUCAAUCACAAUAAAUGAAUUGACUUUACACGGCAUUUGUUCAUUUUUUUCACUCACAGAGCAAAUAUAUUGAACUCAAUUGAAUUUGGAAACUGUUUCAUUCAAUCAAGAAUUUAAUCAAUACAAACGAAUGAUUGCUCAGCUAAGGUAGUUCCACGUGAACCUUGCGGUUAUAUCAUAGAUAUAACCCACUAAUUUUUUUUAUCAAUCAAAACAACAGUUAUUUGGCCUCGGGAGCGUUCUGCGAGCGUUAUUAUAGGAAAAUGUUAUUCAAAGUAGUUCCUUAUACAGCUGACAUGAAGAAAUUUUUUUCGGUUCGAAUCUAAGAACUACAUUGGCACGAUAUUGGGGUUGAACUCUGACAGGGCGGGACUCUUAGUGGGAUUUUUUUUAUCCCUUUUGUUUAUUUUAGGCUCAUUAGCAUUUCAGCUGUAAAAGAGCCGAAUUUUAAUCGUGUACAUGUCACAUGUUUUAUCAUAUUUAAAAUUAGCACAUUACACAGUUGCCAUUUUUUUGGCGUUAGAGUAUCCCCCUCUAUACCAUUGCAUUUGGUACACAUUUACACAGUAGUCAUUUAGACGUAAGAGUUUUCCUUCUGUUCUCCCAUCAUCCAAGUUAGAUCAGCGGAGACAGUUGAUUGAUCAUUGUUGAGUUAUUUAUAGAACAGCAGCCCGAUGUGUCUUGCAGGGCAGAGCAGUUGUAUGGAUAAAUCGAUCUUAUUUCGACCGUGGAUGGAUCUCCAUCGCUGAUGAUUGUUGCGUGGACGUAGUUGUUCUGUAAUAACACAAAGAUGGUCAAUGAGGACCCUGAGUUUUGAACUCACGAUCGCUCGCUUACUAAGCGAAUGUGCAACCAAUGUGGCUACGGAGACCCCCUCUUGGUGGGAUGAAUUGGAGGAAUUUCUCCAUGUAAAACACUAUCCUCUAUCCGCACGUGGACCGCAGAUGAUUUCGAUAGGGAACACUCGGGAAAUACUGCUAGCUUCACUGUUUGAUUCGAACAACGAACGACUCGUUGAACAAUUUCGGGCUACUAACCCUUUUUAUGCCAAGCGUUCGAAAAAUCGAACAGCAGUUUGAUAAUUUUUCAUGGCAUAUGGUAAGGUUUUGGCAUCAAAUAAUAGCUAAGUUUCUUAGCUACCCCUUACUAUCAAUUUCAUUCAAUUUUGUGUAACUUUAUUGGACAAAAAAUUUUGUUUAAAGUAACUAUGUGCAGGUGGUUGUGUCCCGAAUAACAUUCACCCGAAACACGUUUACCCAAAGCACAUUUACCCGAAAGUAACACAUACCCGAAUGACAUCCACAGAAUGUGACAAAUACCCGAAUGCAGUAUAUACCCGAAUGCGACAAAUACCCGAAUGGACAUUUACCCGAAUGUGACACAUACCCGAAUGUGACAUUUGCCCGAAUACAACAUUUAUCCCAAUGGAAUGUUUACCCGAAUGAAAAAGCGAAAAUUCCGACAGAUCAGAUUAUGAGUUUUGUCGAAUCUCCUGUUAGAAAGAUACGAAGUAAAAUGAGAAAUUGUAAUGAGGAAAUUCGAAAAAGAUGUUGAAGACUUCGUUGUGUCAUUUUCAGAAAUUAGUGUAGGCACAAUUAACAUGCCGUCUUCUUUCCUUUCCGUUCAGCCAUGAGAACAUUCAGAAAUGAGCAUGAAUUAUGGGAUAUUUCGAAAAUUAAGCAGGUAACUUUAACAUAAAAAAUUUGAAUGAUAAUGCGAAAAGAAUAGAUAAGAAAAAAAACGUAUUUACAACCGCAGCUCAGUUUUUAUCAUGAAUUUAUUAUUUCGUGAUAACUUUAUUCUGAAAUCAAUGUAAUGGUGGUUCUCAUUCAACGAGGAUAAGGAACCGAGGCGGCAAUAAGCCACCGAGGUGACGUGAUCCAAGUCGGCUGACGACCCGGGUCGGACCGCAUACGUUUAUCUGGUGCAUCAUGUUUGAAACCAGGCAAUCAAAAUGCAUGAAAUGCCUAAUUAACCGAGCAAACGUUAUGCACCAGGUAAACGUAUGCCGUCCGACGCUCGCUAACGUUCGGUCGGACCUGACUAAAGGAUCGUCCCCUAUGUUUCAAACAAACCGGGCAAUCGAUGGAACACAGGUUUGCUUGCAAGAGGCCGCCGCUUCCGCGGUGGGUCGGCGGCCGACUCGGAUUGCGUCACCUCGGCGGCUUGAGGACUCCUCGGUUCCUUAUCCUCGCUCCCAUUACAGUGAUCGCAUAAUGAAUUUCAUUGCGAAAUAAUAAAUUCAUAAUCAAAAUUGCACUUCAGUGCCAUAAUACGUGUGUUCAAAAAUUGUCAGCUUUCUUUCAAGUAAACGGGCUGCGUCAUCCAUAAGUAUGGACAAACUUCAUAAUACGUUAUAAAACUGCAUUCUUUCACUUUUCAUUAUUUUGAAAAGGAUUUUAUUCAACGCCACUAUUUCUCAAAUUGCACUACCUACGAAAAAUACUUUUUGAAUGGAAAUGAAUGUACGGGACAAAUAUGAUCUUUAAAUAACACUGAUCAGAAAUCCACAAAUACUUCCAAAUAAUAAAAUUUGCGUAUUAUUCGAUUAUAUUAUUAUUCUUUCGUGUAUGUGUCGCAUUCGGGUAUUUUUGUUACAUUCGGGUGAGUGGGAUUCGGGUGAAUGUCUUUCGGGUGAGUGGGUUUCGGGUAAAUGUGACACAAUCGCGGAAAGUACACAACCUAACAUAACUUUGAGAUAUUUUUCUAAGAGAUUGUAUCUAGGACACGACCGCAUUUUCGACGUAGCAUCUUCGAGUUCUCCUAUAACAAAUUACUGAUGAAGAAAAUCGUCAUAAACAUUCAGCGCCUUUCGUUUAUUUGGUUCCCUGCUCACGUUAAGAUUAAACUGCGCUGCUAAUUCACAUCAGACUUUCUCCUUCCCACUCAGAUAUCGAUCACAACUAUAAACAUUUUUACUCCUACUUUCCGCUUGAGGUGUGAUCGAACCCAAGAACCUUGCAACAGUAAGAUUUUCAUACUGGGGAUCUAAAGCGUACUUCCAUGAAAGAAUGUAUCUAAAUACGUUGCAUCUAAAUAAAUGCAGUGUAUGUCCAUAUUCCAAAAUUCUGGAUACUGUUCCAUAUCCGGACUAGCACACAAAUUUUCCUGUAUGCUGCUGGCACCUUCUUUGUCGUAGCACACUUUGAUACAGAAGGCUUCUUCUUCUUUAAGGAUGUGUAGUGAAUGUGUUAGGCAUGAAUGUCCGCACUUACGGAGUGAAUAAAUUUUUGAGUGUCUGAUCUGUCAUUUUUGUGAACUGUUUUGAUUAAAUGGCAUUGGAUUCAAAAUAUGCAUUAGUUGAUACAACUGCUCAAAACCUUCUAUGAGAGUGGUUAAGAUCCGUACCUCUCACGCCAAAGAUCAGAAGUUCUCACUUCCGACAUCCUUGCGUCGGAAUGUAAAGUAAAAAGUAAAAAACCGAAGCUGGAGUCCCGGAACUACGACGGAAGCUGCUUGAGGAGUUAGAAGGCAUGGAGGACCCAAAAAUCAUCUUGAAGGACUUCAAUGCUCAUCACCGCAACUGCGGAAUGCAAACACCAAACGUCAUGGGGAAUAUGUGUUGGGGGUGUUGGAGCUCUCGGCCUUAAAUGACGACACUGAUAUUUUCCCUAAAGGUACCUGCAACACAGCCUAACAUAACUGAUAAUUCAGCAGUCAGUAUUCUUUACUAGGUUAGGGUGGAACAAAGUCGACGAACUUAACACGAUAACCCGCUAUCACUUCGGUCCGGAACUUUGUUGUCCCUGUGAGUCGUUCUAAUAAUCCUCUCACCCGGAAUUUCACCCAACAUUCCGCCAAAGGUGAGUCAACUGGCCUUGACGGUAUCGGUAAGAUGCUGAAACAACUGUUCCUGCUCGGACAGUCCGUUCUUCUCAGCAUUAACGGCAUUUGGAGUAAUAUCCAUACCUAAGGUCGGCCGAAGUAGCAACAACGGGAAAGGCUACCGUCUAAUUUCCUUAGCCUCCUGUUCAUUCACGAUUCCGGAAAUAAUGGGGGACAGGCGCCUGAUCUCCUUUGUAACCAAAAACGUGAAAUUUGACUAUCGACAGUUCGUCUUCCGGCCGGGUAUGGGCAUCAACAACUACUUCGAGAGCCUCGAAGACGUGAUAGCCGGAGCCAACAGGAACCGUCAGCACAUGAAGAUGGUAACACUGGACCUGGAAAAGGUAUACAACAGACCAUGGAUCUCGUUAGUGUUGAAAACUCUGGCAGAUUUGGGCGUUGACGGUAAAUUACUGCAUUUCAUCAAGAACUUCGCCACGCACAUUAGUUCCCGAGUUUUCCACGAGGAAACAGGAGUACCUCAAGGUUCUGUUCUUGUCGUUACCCUCUUUCUUGUCGCCAUGAAUAAACUGUUUCAGGCCCUGCCUGGACGAGUCUUCGUGUUUGUCUACGCGAACGACAUUCUUCUGAUAGCAGUGAGUGACACCCAUAGGAUUCUACGCUACAGGCAGCCGAGAGAGGAUUUAUAUUUAUAUUUAUAACCUUUACCGAGCAACAACAGAAAGGGUGGCGUAUCAAGCUAUCAUCAGCAGCCGUCUCACUUAUAACCUCGAACUGACAUGGCUGAGAACAAGCUCCCAAAAUCUAUGGCAUCGGUCUAUAACAAGGAACUACGGACUGUCUCUGGGCUCCUGCCAUCAACACCAGCUGCCUCUGUCUGCACUGAAAUUGGAAAACCUUCUUUCGAUAUCAUCAUAGACUUGGCGAUCGCAUCCAAGACUGCCAGUUUUUAGUCGACAACCAACGGUAGGGGAAAGAUCCACCUGACUGCCCUUAACAACACAAUUCUGCAGCGGGUGGCACAUUCCUGGUUUGGUGUGAACGACUGGAGGUUUCCAACUGUUCUCGUCGAGAACGUUAUCAGGAACAACUUCUGAGCCGGGAAGAGCUCGACCGGUCUGUUAGAAUACUUAAGGCCAUUAUAGCAGAAAAAUACCGCCUCCACGAGAUGAAAUAUUCGGACGGUUCAAAAGUACCAUCAGUAGUUGGGUUUAGGGUAAGCGAUGGUAACAAUAAUCUGAUUUCAACAAGAAAUACGCGGACAUCUGUCAAGUCUUCUCGGCCGAGGUGAUCGGCUUCUGCGAGGCAAUCACAAUUUCAUCUUCCAAGCCGCUGUUGGUCGUCUCCGAUUCGGCGAACGCCAUAGAUGCCAUCGGUGCGGCCAGGUUCAAACGCCCAUGGGUACAAGCCAUCAGGCCUGUCACGAUGUUUGUUCCCUGUGCCGUCUAUUUGAAAUAGGAACACAGAAUCACUCGCAAUACUAUCCGUUAGGUAACUGUUAUAUAGGUCCACUGAAUCAUCUACCAACGUUCUCUCAAAGGAAUCGGUCAGUAGCUUCCUUCUUCAUCCUUCGACCAUUUCACAAGAUAUUUCCACGCUACAAGCUUUGUAUGGAAGACCGUGUUGUUGAAGCUGUAGAAACAUAACCUACUGAACUGGGCAAAAGUGAAAUAACUUUUCAGGUUAUCUACGGAAUCGUCAAACGGUUGAACGACAAAAGUUCGAGUAAAAAAAUUAAAUUUAAAUAAAAACACCAACGACGGUGAGAUCAUUAGAGACAUGGUUUGUGACGAAAUACCUUGAUUUUCUUGGAUGAAAUUCUCCUGCAGCUUGGUAGUAGAACGUAGUACAUGGUGCCCACUCCCAUCAACUGAAUUGGCCACAUGACGACAAGGCCACAUCUAAUUUGUGGUUAACGCAAGGUGAACUCUCUUGAGUGGUAGAAGACAACAUGAUGGCCAUCUAGGACAGAAUAAGGCAUGGAACUUAACGAAACUGUGGGGGCUAAGGAAGGACGAAGGACGAGGUGAUCGAAAGGUGGAGGCAGCAAUGAAUAUCCGAACAGCGCACAAACGAUGUACCAUAUCCUACGAUGGGUAGAGUUAAGGAGGUCGUUACUCAGCUGAAGAACCACAAAGCACCUAAAGAUGGUCUCGCAGCAGAGCUCUACAAGCUGAUUUCCGAAGCUCCCCGAAAGAUGCCAAGACUGAUUCAGGCAACGAUGAACGAUGUGCGAUGCGGUUUACGGAUCUCAGGCGAUCUGUCGGAAUCUUUGAGACUUACAAGGUACUUCGACAAGGUGACGAACUCUCCGGUCUUCGCUUUAACGUGGUCCGCUUUACGGUGGGUUACGAGGAAGGUGUUAUGCGGGAAACGGGUUUCAACAUGCAGAGCACAUAGAAAAGGAUAACGUUUGCGACAAAUUGUCUGUUAAGAAAGUUGGUGAACUGCCAGUUGGUGGACGAAAACGCAGCAUUAGGCGAAUCGAAAAAGUCAAUAGCAAUUUCGUCCGAAGCAGAUUAUGCCCAAAAUCAGAAUGAAACAACGGUGAGGCACGUAAUAAGCAACAGUGGCGGGUGGCUCAAUUAUAUCCGAAAAAUUCGUGAAAACCAAUUCGUUUGAUGUUCGCCGGUUACAUUUUAAGGUAACUAUUAUCCGUUGAUGUCCUCGAAACACCAUUGCAGAUAAGGAAAAUUAUAAUCAUCAUUAUAAACAAAAAAAACGUCGUUUAGUGAUGACCGUGCCGUACAGAGCAUUGCCGAAUUCACCUCUUCCCUCGAAGGUUAGAAACAUUUAGAAUCUGGAAUCAUAAAACCAGUUGUAUCUUGGGAUUGGUUGAAGGUACAAAACAUCAGAAUGCGAAUAAUUUAUUGUUCUCUCCAGAAAAAGUAUUGGAAAAAAAUAUUCCGAUACCGUUUUUAUGAAUUGUCGUACUUUUCUUCGGAAACCCUGCAUCAAAGUUUGGACCCUCUGUUGGUCAACCUCAGCGGCCAUUUUAUUCCACGAUCUCUUCAUGUCUGCAGCAUACCGAGUCACUUUGGCACCCUACUUCAAUUUCUGCUUGAUAAUUGCCCAUUAUUUUCUGAUUGGGCGGAAUUGGAGGCAAUUGGGAGUAUUUUUCAAAACAAUCGACCCUAUUGUCACUAAAGCAUCUAUCGAUUGUGGUGGCAGCUUGACAAAUCUGGUCAAAACUUCACCGAACUUUCGUGAACCUUAACAAACGGAAGGAGACGUUUCUGCAGGCACUCUUCCCUAGACAUUUUCGAGUCCAUUGUCUUGUUUGUGACGAAAACCUUGGUUUUCUGUCCACAGCUGCAAGUCCCUUGCCAAAUCAAGAACUUCCUGGAAAAUUCAUCUGCGAAAAUGAACUAAAAUUUGCUGGGGACAUCUCUGGCAGUGGCCUGUUAAAAUUUCAGGCCUUGGAGCUGUCCAAAAUCCAUCUUCACACACGUUUGGUCAUCCAUCAGCGUGUAUCCUUCGAACUUCUUUAAAAUCUUGUUGUACAACUUUCGAGCGCGUUUUUUUUUUGGACACCAGAUUUCGCACGGAAAUUACGAUGACCUUCCGCAUAUGGAUUCUCCGUAUUGUACCAUGGUUAUAAUUGUGUUUUUUGGCGAUGUCGUAGUCCGAGAGUCUUAAUCCUUAAUUGUUUCCAAUACCUUCAACCUCAGCUUCCGAUCGUAAAUUCCACUACGAUGCGUCCUCAGAUACAUCCGAACAAGAUUUGUACGGUCAUGGAAACGUUUCAGCACAUCAUACACGGUCGUAUUAACCAAUUUCAGCGAUUUCGCGAUUGUAGUACGUGGCAGCCACGCUGGAUUUUUAAUGUGGAUGUCCAAAAUCAAAUUUCUUCACCAGCUUCCAUCCUGCACAUCUUUUGACGUAGAACUAUCAGAAAACAGUUCACGUUUUUAUGAAAUAAAGUUAACGUUAAUAACUAUUUUUGCCGCGAACGGAUUUUGGUGGUUUACAUACCAAACGAAUCGGAAAUUCCCUAAGAUUUGUUUGAUAUGCUAUACUUUGCCAUCGCAUAGUCUGUAUAUGGUUUAAAUUGAUGAAAAUUGGAAGCAUUCGCAUUUUCUCAUACAUUUGUUCUGUCCAUUUGUGUGCUUUCCCGAACAGAGCUGUCAAUAACGAGCAGCUCAUUGACGAGUAACGAAGGGGAAAUCGUAAGAGUAAAGCUCCGUGAACAAAGGAAAAUAAGAAGAACGAAGGGGAAUAUUUGCCUAGAGUAUAAACAGUGGAUCUCCCUGAGGCAAACAUUCAUUCUUCGUGAGGAAACCGACUGAACAACAUCGUUGCCUGGCGAGCUGGACGGCGAGGGAUCGAAUGCCUUUCUCAAGGCAAUGGUGGUGGAGGAGUAAUAUGAUGGAUAAAGUAAAGUUUCCACGGGCCUUUUUGAAGGUUAGAGCCGAAUGAACUGAAGAAGUUUAAAGUCUCAAGCAAGGAAGGAAGGCAAACUACUAUGAUGGACGAUUGUUUUGUGUUGCGAAUUAUGCAGUCGUAAUUUUUUUUUCCAAAAUAUAUAUUUUUAUCAAGGCUCAUAUGGCGUUAGCCUCACGGGGCCGGGAGUUCAAUACUUUGACAAUUUUUCUUAUUAUCUAUGUUAGUAAUAUGUAACCGAUUACUCGCGGUUGGCUCGAGGUUAGUAUUACAAGUGUUUUCGUAAUUCGGAUGUUGCUGUCUCCAAUGCUCUGUACGUGUGCCCGACACGGGAUACUUCCUAUUGGGAUGCAGCUGACCCUUAAUCAGCAACGCCCCCCUUGUCUGUACCUCAUAUCUAGCGUGGUGCGUCUUUCUCGACUCGAGGAAUCCAGGAUAGAAUGGUCACUAACCGGCGCAAUCAUCAGUUCAUGUAGAGUUGUCAUGAGCGGUACAACCUUUGGCUCUUGUUGAAUCAUCAGUGGACUGCACAACCUUUGGCCCGUGUAUCUGUAAAGAGUGUGUGUAUGUAUUGCCGCGACUAAGUAAAAGUUUAUCGAUCGGAUAGGAGGGAUAUAAAACGGGGACACAACGAAGGAAACAUCAUUAAACGUUGACAUCGGCGUUCCUGAGGAACAGGUAUAGAUGAAGCAGAAGAUCAGGAUCACGGCUACCUAAGAUAUCCCGGACGGGGAUCUCCGAUUGUCUGCCUUGUGCUCUCAGUGCUCUAGAGAGCUGAAAGCGAGCAGUAUGGAACCGGAUACACGACCAGACAACAUGCUCGAUGUCGUGGUAGCCAUCGCCACAAUCACAAAGAUUGUUUGCUGCGAGCCCAAUGCGAUAGAGAUGCGCGUUUAGGUUGUAGUGAUUGGACAUAAGCCGAGAUAUCACGCGAAUGAAAUCACGACCUACAUUCAAUCCCUUGAACCAUGCACUCGUCGAGACCUUAGGGAUAAUCGUGUGUAACCAACGACCGAACUCAUCUCCACUCCACAUGCGCUGCCAACUUACGAGCGUGUACUGACGAGGAAUGUGGAAAAAUUCAUUAUAAGCAAUUUGCCUUUCAAAAAGUGUGCCUUCUAAAGCGCCCACCUUAGCUAGCGAGUCCGCUUUCUCAUUCCCCGGAAUCGAACAAUGAGAGGGAACCCAUGUCAAGGUAAUCUUGAAUAAUUUUUCGACCAAAACACUCAAUAGUUGUCUUAUUCUAGUUAGGAAAUAAGAUGAGCGUUUAUCAACCUUCAUUGAGCGGAUUGCCUCUAUUGAGCUGAGACUGUCUGAAAAAAUAAAAUAGUGCAGUCGUAAUGAUAAAUAUAAACAAGGAGGGGUAAUAGCGGGAUGGAAAUAUUCACGCUAGGGUAUUAGUAAUGAAUCUCUGCUGAGGCAAAUAUUCAGCCUUUUUCCAAGCAGUUAUCAUUGUUUGUUUUCUGUCAUCAAUGCAUUGAACUGACGCUAUGGUGAAGCAGGUGUUAAGGUUGUGCACCAAAAAAAUAUAUGGGGAAUACCAAGUUAUUCAAUAAGUUAUAUUAAGUUAUUUAUUUAUUUGGGUUUGCGUGCCAGUCGCAAAACUGCUUUCUACUAGGAUUGCAUUUGCACUAAUCUUGAUCAUAAUGAAGCAGUGCUAUUCUUUUCGAGGUUGUUGAGAUUAACAGAUUGAGUUUAUUUCGUUUGUUUAGUCACCAAGAAAAUAAAUGUCGUUCUGGAAUUUUGUAUGUUAUUUGGUUUUGUUUGGCCGGAGCAAAACUUUCUCCACUAAGGAUGACAGCUGCGCUUACAUCGACCAUGUAUUGUUCUGCAUGCAUUGUUCAAAUGAUUCUGCAUCACCGUCGAAACAAACAAUUCGCUGUCAAAAGAUUUCAGAUACGCCUACUACCGUUGCUAUAUAAUGAACAGUGAUUUCGGAUUCUAACUGAAUCAAACCUCAGUCAAGUGGAGGCCACCUGUCAAAGAAGAUUAUGCUAUCAAUGUAUCAAUAGAGGAAACUUUUCAGCUCUUGUAGCAUAUUACUGAAAUAGAUCAUCUCGAUUUUGGAAAGGAAAAUUCUAACACUAUUUCCAACUCAAACUGACAGUGGAUAGACUUCUAAACGUGAGUUUCAUGGCAUUAAUCCCCCAUCCAUUAAACACUUACCACAUUCUAAACCAAACACGGAAGCUCCAAAACGAUGCUCUCGGCUCAAUCCGACUGAUUAACUUUUAUGGUUAUGUUUUCGCUAGCUUUCGGUAUUGCGCCACCUUCACAACGCACACGAUAUAAUGAAAUCACCACGCAAAAUGGCUAAUAAUUCGCACCCGGGCGGCAGUCAUUAUCCCAUUAACGACCCACUAUGUCGAGAUUCUUAUCUUUAACGCGGCAGUGCGGCGCUUGGAAUUUAAUCGUCCCAAAGACGUUCAAUAAAUUUCCAUUAUCAACACUCAAUAAAGAGCCAUAAAUUAAGUCACCGAGGCUUAAUGGGUGAAGUUCCGAUACUUUUAUCAAUGCAAUCUGGGUCUCCCGCGUACUUGAAGUGAUUCAAAUUGCUCCACAUCAAAGAAAAAUCUCCGUCUGUCCGGCUCCGGCUUGUUCACGAGGGAGGAAAACAGUCAAGCGAUUAGCAUACGGCGCUUAAUUACAGUAAUACUAUAGCGUAGCCAGUUUUGAGAAGCAGUUAGAUGUAUCACAAAAUAGACAAAAAAUCUAAAUAUUUCCGAUAGGAUCGAUUAAUAGAUAUAAUAACGCAGCAGUAUGCAGCAACAUGCACCGAUAUAGGGGAAAAUACAGAUGCACUGAACAAACAAUAAAUUAAAUGUAAUUUCCUGUUUUUUGGAGCCCACAAAUAAUUGCAAACGCUGAUAAGAGAACAACAAGAAAAUACAAACAAAUCAUGACUUUGUUAAUGCUGUGUGUUAUGCGCAACGGUCAGGAAAGGUCCUCUUCUAGUCAUAAUGAUAGAAAUAAACUUAUCCACACGCUCCACAAAGUUCCGAACCUCUCCUACAUGCACGCUUCAGCAGAACCGGUCUACCUACCCGAUAACCCACCCACACACACACGUACGUAAAAUCAUUAGCAGAACACGCAACCACUAUUUUAGAUGGUACGGAAAUUACCACACGAACGCAGGAACGCAUUAUUAUUGGUACAGCAGCAAAACUGACAGUUGUCAUACAGAAAAAAAACCUAAAUGUUCUCUCGAAAGGCCAGAAGAUAAUGGACAAAACUAUUCGUGAUAAAUACUAGAGUUUUUGACACAGGAAAAGCAAUCUUCAGCAAGUGUUGGUUGAAUGUUUUUUUUUGUCUGGUGAUGUACUAUUGAUUUCGGCUAGUUUUACUGUAAAUAUUGUUUAACGAUUCUUUGUGUGUGUUUGACAGAGAAAGUUUUUUUUAUGUGUUGGUUUUCUGUUUAGUUUUAUUUUUGUAUCGUGCUCACAGAUAUUUAUUACAUUAUUUUAAUGUUGAUGAUAAGAAUUUUAGAAUUUUAAGAAGAGUUUCGAUGGUUAGUUUUACCAUGGAACGGACGAAUAUAUUCUCUACGUUUUGAAAUGUGUCCUUUUGUUCAAUGUAAAAUAUUUGUGCUUUUUUAUUUUUAGUACAAAACAACCACUCUGAAAAUGCAAUUUCAGUCAUAGUCUUAAGAAUGUUUUAUGUUUCGGCAUUUUAGAAAUCGCUUUACCUAAAUAUAAUGAUAA